AAUCAUGCACGCCAUACGCUAAAGUAACAUCCCCCCUUCUCUCUCUCUCCGUCACCCAAACCACAACAACCCAGCCCCAGCUCCUGACAAAGAGCACCAAAACAAACCCAUGGAUACUACUUCAUAGGUCAACAACCUAAGCAAUCUGCAUUCAGCCAAACGGAAAUUAAUUUUGAAUAUUUUAUAUACCUGAUUUGGGCCGAACUAAAAUUCUUGAAGAAAUUUUCAGCUUUUUUUUUUUUUCUUGCUCUCAGAUCUGUGGAGUUGUUUUUCUGAAAAUGGGUAUACGAUGAUUGUUGUUGAUGUUUGUGUUGAUUUUUCUCAUCGUACCUACGCGGUACGACCUCGUCGUCUUGUUUCGGAUCGGACGAUGAUGAUGAUGUAAGUGAAAGUCCACUUCGGAAACCAUCCGGAAAACACGGUAAAGACGAACGCGUUUUUGAAGGUUUGGGGGAGUUUGUUUUUUACGACGACGAUGGAUGGGGACGAUUUCCGGGCUGUGCUGGAGAGCUGCGGCGUGGACGUGUGGACCUUUAUAGAGACGGCGAUAUCGGUGGCGGCUGCGGACUACGGCGCCGAGCUGAAGAGCCGGAGGGAUGGGAUCGUGGAGCGGCUCUACGCGGGGGCGACUUCGGCGUCGGCGUUGGGGGAGCAGCCUCGAUGCCGGAACUGCGACGACGUCGAUGAUCUGAGGGCGGAUAAUUGUCUUGACGUCAAGGCGCCGGCGGAGAAAGAAGGGUCUCCGGGGACGCCGCUGUCGGUGGAGAGAGAGGACGACGAGGAGAUGGAUCCGUACGCUGGUUUAUUCGACGACGAGCCGAAGAAGAUCCUGGAAAUCAAGGAGCAACUUGAAGAUCCGCACCAGUCUGAGGAUUAUUUGGUUGAAUUGCUUCAAACUCUAGCAGACAUGGAUAUAACAUUCCAAGCACUCAAGGAGACUGAUAUAGGAAGGCAUGUGAAUCGAUUCCGAAAGCAUCAAUCGCAGGAUGUCCGGAGAUUGGUGAAGAUACUAGUCAGGAAGUGGAAGGAUAUUGUGGAUGAAUGGGUGAAGUUGAAUCCACCUGGGGAACGGACAUCCUCUGCUCUAAUGGCUGAUGGAGACUCACCCCAGCAGAAAAUUCCUCAAAACGGUCAUCAACAGGUUCCUGAUUUUGGAUACUCUCCAAAUCCACACAAUGGAAGUUCUGGGUCAGACAGGAAUAAUUCAGAAUCCGAGCCGAAGCCGAAAGUGAUUCCUCGAAAAGUAGCUCCUCCUAGACCAGCUCAAUCAGCACCUGCAUCUGCUGCCUCUGCACAUCAAAAUAGACAAAAGGAUUUUGACUCAGAAAAGAAGCUGGCUUCAGCAAGAAAACGUCUUCAAGAGAAUUACAAAGAAGCUGAGAAUGCCAAAAGGCAAAGAACGAUUCAGGUGAUGGACAUCCAUGAUAUACCAAAACCCAAGAACACCUUCUUUGCGAAGAACAAAGGUGGUGGUGGUGGCGGCGGUGGUUCUCAUGGGAGGCACUGGUGAAUGAAUACGGCAAAUCAAUACAUACAAAGGGGUACAUGAGGGAGACCUGAAAUUCCAAAAAUCGGUUUUGCCUCUUGGAUUGUUUUUUCAAGUUUAGGAAGACCAAAACAAUAUCACUUUUUUUUUUCUUUUUUUUUUCCUAAUUAAUUAAUAACAAAAAUCAAAAAUCGCUUCUUUUGGAA